AUGGGUAGAGCUGCGCACAUGGAUGAGCGUCGCGCACGUCGCCACAACUGGCAGCGCGAUGACAUACGCGAGAAGGAGCAGCAGCAACAGCAGCAGCAGAAGCAGGUUAUAGUACCACGCAGACGACAUGCGUUAAUACCACAGGCCUCGAUAGACGAGGCCCUGGCACCAAGCCUAGCGCACGAGGCCCUGAACGUGCAAACGAAAGAAGCGUUCCAGCAGUUCCUGGUGCACUACUUCCCCAUCAUGAAUGCGUCCGUUGCCCCGCGGGUCGACGUGAACUGGAUGGACUUUGUGCGCAGUCCGCAACCGCUCCCCCCGGCUGUGAUGUGGGGGGUGCGCGCUCUCGUCACAUACCAGAUGGGGGCCGUGCAGGCCGGGGGUACCGGUAAGCAGCAUGAGAAGGAGAAUGCACGCCUUACCGCGCGCCAUAUGUAUAUCCGGGGCAUACGGCACCUUGCGUCUGUGCUGGGGACGUCGUCUGCGCUAGCUGAUUCAACUCUUGCCGCGGCGAUUGUGCUCUGUAUGUUUGAGGUGGUGGAUGGGGCUUGUGACGGUUCCUGGCUGUUACACUCCCAGGGUAUCCGCAGUAUCAUGGCCGCGCGGGGGCCCGCUGCACAUAAGACUGGCAUGGGCCGGAAUCUAUUAUUAUCUUACCGACCGUUCUUGAUUGGCGAGGCUUUUACCCGCUGCGAGCCCUGCAUCCUGGGAAGGCCAGAGUGGGCUGCGAUUUUCGAUGAUGUCGAUAUCUCUCCUGCUGAGGGCGAAAGCGAGACCAAGACCAAGACCACCAGCAGCAGUCCGCUCGGGCAAACGAUAGAUUACGCAUUCAACGAAAGCGCCAAAUGCCCUGGCUACUAUGCAGCCACGCACGAGAUCAUAACCUCAUAUCCUGCGUUCCACAAGUCCAAGGCCGUUGCGCAGAGUCUAAUGGACGAUAUGGGGCGCACCAGGUGCAGUCUUCUCCGGCUUCAGGACAGCCUUGACCAGGGCUUAUACUUCUGCCAAAAUGGCACAGACCUCCAGCUGUCAGCCAGCUUUGCCGGAUCGAUACCGCCAGCACAUGUUGCCAGCCUGGCGAAGCUGUCUUCCGAGGGUAUCGGCGCUGCGGUUGCAUUGUUGGACCAGCUUGGCACUCUCCUGCGGUCUCAUUUGCAUAGGGUACUUCCCCAAUAUCAGUCCGGGUGGAAGAAAGACUUUCAUCAGGCGAAUCCUGAGGAUCCAUGGUAUGCUGCCACGAAUCGACUCGGUACAGCUGCGGGCGUGGGAGCGCGGCUGGAAUCGGAUGCCUGUCGUAUGGGUAAUGAAUUGGACAGGUUUUCGGUUUCCAUGGGCAUGUUAAAUAUAUAUUAA